AUGAGUUUGCUAAUAUUGAUCAGGCAAAAUUCGUCUGUUGCUGUGUACGAGUCCCGUUUCCAUAUCUUGUCUCGAUAUGCUUUUCAGUUGCCGCCUACUGAGGGGGAGAGGAUCAGACGUUUCGUGAAAAGGUUGAAUACUGGACUUCAGUUAUCAACUCUUCAGCUUGUAGCCACUAGGGCUUCAUUCCAGGAGGCGUCUGCUGGGGGCCCAUCAUGGGCAAAUUAUCAGGCUUCCGGCCAGCAGAGGGAUUAUACUGCUUCACCAGCUUCUGUUCAGCGACCUACGCUCUACCGUCCAUGUUACGAGUGUGGUGAGAUAAGACAUAUUAAGAGAAUUGGCUUAAGGUUAGGGUAUCACCAGUUGAAGAUUUGGGCAGAGGAUGUUUCUAAGACAACUUUCAGGACUAGCUUGCAGCAUGUGUUCACUCAGAGGUAUCUGAACUCUAGACAGUGGACAUGGAUGGAACUACUGAAAGAUUAUGACAUCACCAUCUUGUAUUAUCCUGGUAAAUCAAAUGAAGUGGCUGAUGCGUUGAGCAGGAAGGUUUUGGCUUGUAUUGAGGCUCAAUCAUCAUUUCUGGAGCAUAUUAAGGCUAAGCAGUUUGAGGAUGCUAAGUUGUGCAAAAUACGUGACAAGGUGUUGCAUGGUGAGGCCAAAGAGGCCGUGAUUAACGAAGAGGGAGUGCUGCAGAUUAAAGGGCAAGUUUACAUGCCACGUGUGGGUGAUUUGAUUAAGACUAUUCUGACAGAAGCUCACAGUUCGAUGUACUCUAUCCAUCCUGGCACUACUAAGAUGUAUCGCGAUUUGAGACAACACUAA